UAAGAUUUUUCAGCCCUGCCGCUUGUUUUUUGUCGCUCGAAUUAUUUUUGAUUUCGGGUUUUCCCUUGCAAUUGAGAGGACGCAGUUCUUGUAGAAUAUUUUCCAACGAAAUGAGCCGCGAAGUUCUGGAGCCUCCUGUGCUGGGCAUGAGCCAGAACCGCCGCUAUCGCGUUAAUGUAGUACACGAAGAUUUCGGCGGCGACAAGUGGAAUGGCGGCAACAAACAAGGCCGCUCAGUGUCCAAGGGCUAUGAAGAGCCCGAUCUUUACGGCGAAGAUGAUGACGAGGAGGACCCGGACGCCGCCAAGAUAGAAGAUAAUGUUUCUGGCGGCUAUAAACUUUCGUUCCAUGUGUCCAAAUCAUUUUAUGGCGGACUGAUUGGUCUCAAGGGAUCGACCAAGCGUCGCAUCGAGGAAGAAACCCGAUCGGAAAUUUACAUUCCACGUCAGCACGAGGCGUCAUCGAAUGUGACGAUCAAGGCCAAGGAGCGCAGCCAGGUGUGUGCAGCCUUGCGCCAGAUCCGCUCACUUGUUGGCUCGCUGCGCAGGAAGAUGCGUCCAACGCAUUUUCUUGCUGUUCCAUUGAACUUUGGCGAAGUGCAGAAUCGCUUCUUGGAGCUUAAGACAAGCAUUUUGGAGGCUCAGCUCCCAGGCAUCGAUAAGGAACUCUUCACUCCCGAGAUCUGUAUCCACCUAACUUUGGGUGUCUAUGUGCUGCUGGAUGACGACGAGCGUAAGAAAGCAUUGGAGGAGCUCGAGUCCUGUCGUUCCAUGCUGGCAGAUCUAGCUACUCCAUUCGAGAUGAAAGUAAAGGGUCUGGAGAUCAUGAAUGAUGAUCCAAGCUCCACUCGCAUUGUGUACGGCUGCGUUGAGGCUCCCGAGCUGCAGAAGUUUGCCGACCGGUGCCUGGCCCAUUUUGAAACGACUGGAUUUUCGGCCUCGGAUAACAACGAUCGCGAUUCCAUUAAGCUGCACAUGACCGUACUGAACAACCGCUAUCGCAAGAAAGAAAUCAAGUGCCCAAACAGCUUCGAUGCCCGCGAGAUACUGAAGCGGUUUGGGGACUUUGACUUCGGAUCUGCAAAGUGUAGCGCCGUGCACUUGUGCGCGCUGCAAUCAAGUGGGACUGACGGCUUCUACAAGAUCAGCGGCAGUCUGGAAUUCUAGCAAGUUUUCCGCUGUAAUCCAUAUAGCCAAUAGGAAUGUAAAAUAAAUGAAAUUACAGAAAAGCGUACACAUAUAUAAUUUAUUUGUCGAAUAUUUAGGCAAUUUGUAUAUUUGCUCUUGGACUGCAUUUGCUAUAUGUACUUGUAUAUAGUGUUUGGGCUCUCAAAUGUGGCCUUUCUGUGCAUUUCAGGGCUUUCGCUUGGCAUUAAUCAUUCUCAGCCAAGCGAAAGAGUUCUUCUAUUGGAAAGUGGUUUUUCUGUUACUGUUUCGCCUUCCCUUCUUGUCAUUUGUAUUACAAUAAAUAUAAAAAAAUAUAUAUUUACUCGUAUAUGUAUAUGUGAGGAUUUGUGGGGCGAAAUCGUUUAUUGAAUUAACAAAAAUAUGCAAUGGGUAAAACAAGAUAAUAGGUUAUAAAAGGUGUGUGCUUAAGAGCUAUAGAGUAGGAAGUCAUACACAAGUGGAGGACUGGACAUGAGCAGAUCUCUGAGGAAAACCAGGUGGCAUGGCCGGGCCUGGCAAGGAGGAUUAUACGAGUACAUAUGAUUAUAGAUAUGCUGGAUAUAUCCCUUUCACACACACACAAAAAUUCCCACACUCGUAAAAAAUUAAUCAAAUUGAGUGUAAAAAACAACAUUCUGUCUUACUUACUAACUUCGCACUACGCACGAUUUGUGUUUGUUCUGGUUAUGCCGCCUUGGCUUAGUACUUUUUUUCAAUAUAGCUUCAGUCUAAAGUUAAGUUUUGGUUGACUUUUUCUUGUAUUUUAGCUUUAAGAGGAUUUCAUUGGUUCUACUUGUUACACGUCUCGUUUUGUUUAGUACUUCGGGCGGGAUUUGCACUA